AUGGGAUUCCACAUCCAGGGUUACAUUGCCAUGAUGGGGAGAGGAAUAAACCCCAAAACGUGGAAAAAAAUGUGGUUAAAUCACAAGAAUAAACAAAUCAUAGAUGUAUAUAAUGGAGUCACUGAAUUCACGAAUAAUCAAAUAGCACAAGUAGCCAGAGUGUACCAAUAUAGAUAUUGGUGGUGGGCCAACCCGUUUGGUAUGGGACUUAUUUUUUACCUUGGAUACAAAGCAUGGUAUAUGGUAUACAUGAAUCAUAAACAGAGAAAGGUUGCUCAAGUUGUUGCAUCAGCAUAUGGCCAAGGUGGUCAGUGGCUUAACCCAGUUCCGAAAUGA